AUGAGCGCUGCUACUCUCCCGACCCCGACCGACCAGGAGCCGCACGCAGUGUGCGUGCCGUUCCCGACGCAGGGCCACAUCACGCCGAUGCUGAAGCUGGCAAAGAUCCUCCACGCCAGGGGCUUCCGCGUCACCUUCGUCAACACCGAGUACAACCACCGCCGCCUCGUCCGCUCCCGCGGCGCCGCCGCCGUCGCGGGCCUCACGGCGUUCCGCUUCGCCACCAUCCCGGACGGCCUGCCGGAGUCCGACGCCGACGCCACGCAGGACCCGGCGACCAUCAGCUACGCCACCAAGCACAACUGCCCGCCCCACCUGCGAAGCCUGCUCGCUGGGCUGGACGGCGUGACGUGCGUCGUGGCGGACAACCUGAUGAGCUUCAGCGUGGACGCCGCGAGGGAGAUGGGUGUGCCGUGCGCGCUCUUCUGGACGGCCAGCGCCUGCGGCUACAUGGGCUACCGCAACUUCCGCCUCCUCAUCGACAGGGGCAUCAUCCCCUUCAAAGACGAAGAGCAGCUGACGAACGGGUUCAUGGACACGCCGGUGGACUGGGCGCCCGGCAUGAGCAAGCACAUACGGCUCAAGGACUUCCCGACCUUCCUCCGCACCACGGACCCCAACGACGUGCUGAUGAGCUUCCAGCUACAGGAGGUGGAACGCUCGGAGUACGCGUCCGCCGUCGUCAUCAACACCUUCGACGAGCUGGAGCAGCCGGCGCUCGACGCCAUGCGCGCCAUCAUCCCGGCCGUAUACACCAUCGGCCCGCUCGCUUCCGUCACGGAGCAGGAAGCCCCGCCGCGGUCGGUGGUGUACGUGAACUUCGGGAGCAUUACGGUCAUGAGCGGGCAGGAGCUGGCGGAGUUCGCGUCGGGGCUGGAGAGCAGCGGCCACGACUUCCUGUGGAUCGUCCGGCCGGACGUCGUGAAGGGCGACACCUCCUCGGCGGCGGCGCUGCCCCCGGGGUUCCUGGAGGCGACCAAGGGCAGGGGCCUCCUGGCGAGCUGGUGCGACCAGGAGGCCGUGCUGCGGCACGAGGCAGUGGGCCUGUUCCUGACGCACAGCGGGUGGAACUCGACGCUGGAGAGCCUCGGCGCCGGGGUGCCGAUGCUGUGCUGGCCAUUCUUCGCGGAGCAGCAGACCAACUGCCGGUACAAGUGCGUCGAGUGGGGCGUGGCAAUGGAGGUCGGCGACGACGUGCGGCGGGAGGCCGUGGAGGCGAGGAUACGGGAGGCGAUGGGUGGGGACAAGGGGAAGGAGAUGGCGCGCAGGGCGGCGGAGUGGAAAGAGGCCGCCACAGGGUCGGCGGCGAGGUCGCUCGCGAACCUCGACAGGCUGAUCAACGAUGUGCUGCUCUCUCCGGCACUCAAAAUGGCUUCAAUGAUGGAUGGCCCUGAUCAAAGUUUGGCGAUGCUGAGCGAUGGAUGA